AUGACGAUCAAAGGCCUCAACGGCGCCGCCGACGCUGCCGCCGCAGCUCACAAGCCUGCUCACUUCAAGCUUGAGAACCUCAUCCGACCGAACAUCCUGUCAUUAGAGCCGUACCGCUGCGCACGAGACGACUACCAGUCGGGCAUCCUGCUCGAUGCGAACGAGAACAGCCUCGGUCACUCGCUUCCACCCAAAUCCGUCAUUCCUCACAACCCUGGCACCUCGAACGGCGCCACAGCCGUUCAGUCCUCGGAAGCCGAGGACCCACUCUCACUCAACCGCUAUCCCGAUCCAGGGCUGUUCGGCAUCAAGGACUCUCUCGCCGAGCUGCGUGGUGUUCCCCACGAUGCGUUCGUCUUCCUCGGCGUUGGCAGUGACGAAGUGCUCGAUCUCGUUCAACGAGUCUGCUGCCGUCCCGGCAAGGACAAGAUCCUCAUCUGUCCUCCCACGUACGGCAUGUACAGUGUCUGCGCAGCCGUCAACGAUCUCGAGGUAGUCAAAGUACCGCUCAUCACCAAAGGCGGCAAGUUUGCAUUGGACGUAGAUGCGGUCAACAAGAAGCUCAGCGAGGACCCCGAUAUCAAGAUCACAUUCAUCUGCUCGCCCGGCAAUCCCACAGGCACCUUGAUCCCACCAAGCGAUGUGCGCAAGGUAGCCGACAACCCAGAUUACAAAGGUCUCGUCGUGGUCGACGAGGCGUACAUCGACUUUGCCGAGGAGGAGAAGAGGAUGGGCAAGCGCGCUGCAGACGAAGUGGUGAGCUCCGUGAGCCUGGUUCACGAGUAUCAAAACGUGAUGGUGACGCAGACGCUCUCGAAAGCCUUCGGUCUCGCCGCAAUUCGUUUGGGAAUCGCUUUCGCCCAACCAGCGCUGGUACAGAUCAUGAACAACACCAAAGCACCCUACAACAUUUCUUCACCGACCGCCCACCUCGCCUCGCUCGCACUCUCGCCCAAGGGCAUCGAACAGAUGCGAGCAAACGUACAGACGCUCAUCCGCAACCGUGAUUCACUCAUUUCUGCGCUGCAGACGUUGCCAGGAGCCGGUGCGAUCUGGGGUGCUAACGAGGCCAACUUUGUCCUGGUCCAGAUGCUGGAUCUGGAGACCCGAUCGAAGCCAGAUAACGAAGUGGCUCAGAUGGUGUACAAGCGCAUGGCGGAGGAGAUGGGACUGGUGGUGAGGAACAGGGCUAAGGACCUGGGAUGCGCUGGAUGUCUGAGGAUUACGGUUGGUACCGAAGAGGAGAACAGGAGAUGUAUCGAGUUGAUGAAGGGUUUGCUCGAAGGUGGAAAGUGA